CAAUGUAUUAUCAACAAUACAAUGGACCAUUGAAUUAUGAGCUUGAUAGCAGUAAUGGAUUAAUACCAUUGGAGCAUAAUGACUAUCCACUGAUAUCAGUUAUGAUAAAACAAUUUCCUUCAGUUAAUGAAUUUUCAUCUACUACAAUAACAAUGCUGCCUGGCCACUCUACCAGUUUACCUUACACUACCUUAUCAAGCUCUACCAAUACCUUAUUAAGCAGUGUAUCCUCAUCAAGUAGCUCAAUCGUUACCAUUACUUCUUCUCCUACUCUCUCUAUUACUGAGUCAAUAACUACACCAUUGUCUAAUAUUAAAAGCAGUCAUCUUGUACUUUCAACAGGAAGUAUCAGUACAACAGAAGUCAGUCGUACACAAAACACUGUAUCAGAAGGCAAUCCUACCAGUGAAGUAUUUGUCACUUCAAGCAGUAGUGCUGUUACUACUACCUCAUUGAACACUGUAUCAAUGGAAAGUACACCUGAUCAAAGUACAGGGAGUCUAAUACUAGCAGGAAGUAUUAGUAGUGUAUCUAUAUUACUAGUAAUUACUAUACUAGUAAUAUUAAUAGUGAGUGUAUUAUUGUUUAGGAGAAAACAGUUAGGUACUGGUAAUACUAAAAGUGAUAAUGAAAGUAUAACAGAUGAACAUAAACAAGGUUAA